AUGGCGGAAAAACAUCCUAUCCAUUAUUAUGCAAAUGGAGAUAUCAUCCUUAAAGUCGAGAAUACACAUUUUCUUGUACAUAAACCUUUCCUUUCACUUGCUUCGGAAUUUUUUAACGAUUUAUUUACUCUUGCAACACCUAAUUCAAAUGAGAAAAUUACAAACGCUAAUGAAAGAGAAGGCUCAAAUCUUGUUCUCGAGAUUAUUGAAGAGAAUGUCUCUUCAUUUCAAGAUAUGCUUUCAUUUAUUUAUCCUAAUACAAUAUUGGAUAUAAGUUGGGAAAAUGUUGAAAAUUUGUUUCGAAUAGCUGAUAAAUUCAUAAUUAAAAAACUUACAAAUUCUUGUGACUUAUUUCUUCAAAACAACUUAAUUGAGAAUAUUCUUACCUCUUUUAGACUUGCAUAUCAGUAUCGCUUACCAAUCCCUUUUAAAGAAGCGUCUAAGCUUAUUUUAGAUUAUUUUCUCAAAUAUGAAAGUGAUAGUGAAUUUAUUCAAAUUCCAAAAGGAGCACGAGAAAAGUUGGUUCAUAACCGUUAUCUCUAUCAUGCUGCAUUAGAUAAAUUUUCUAUGCGAUUGAGACAUGGGAAUGUUGGUAUGAAAAGUAUAUUUGUUUAUCCUACACCCAAACCAUCAAUUGUAUAUAGUAAAUUAAUUUAUUAUUGUUUUGAUGCCACUGAAGCUGAAGUAUUUACAAAAUUUCAAGAAUAUCUUUUAAAAUUUGAAAGGAUGGCGGAAAAUCAUCCUAUUCAUUAUUAUGAAGAUGAAAAUAUCAUUCUUAUCGAGGAUACCCAUUUUCUUGUACAUAAACCUUUCCUUUCACUUGCUACAAGUGUUGGCCUUUUGAACUAA